UAAACUUCCCUAGCUGCUUCCGGGUUACUUUAUUGUCGGUGUUCAGAUUUAAACAAAGAUUACCAUCAAACCUUUAUGUUGACGACGAUUCAGACGGACAGGAAUGAGGACGUCCUCCAGAAGUUCAGAGCUCUUGCACCCAAUCAAAGGAUAAGAUCAUUAAUCUAGUACUGAACGCACAAGCUACAGCUAGCUAGCACUACAGUGCAUACAAUGUGGUGAGUAGUUGACGCAAAGAGAGCGAAAGACAAUAGUUGAACAGUUUUGAACAAAUUCAUUUCUUAAAAAUGAAGAAGCAAGAGAGCGAACUAGCUAUUUGUUGAAUUAAUUGCAGCUUUCACUUGUGCAGCUAACUCAAACAGAGGGAUGCUAUGUUAGCUAGCUGGCUAUAUCAAUCCAACACUGGAACUCUUCAAUGUCAAGGCAGGGUAAACUGAUUUGGACCGGACCACAUCAUCCCAGCCAUGGAGCGUGUAAUGGGGGGAGGGGUGCCGCUGGUCCUGGGUGGGCUGGGGCUGGUGCUGCUCUACCGGCUGCUCCAGAGGCUUCAACAGGGGACUACCAUCCAGGACACUGUAGUGGUUAUCACUGGAGCCAGCUCUGGCCUGGGGAGAGAGUGUGCUCGGGUGUUCCAUGCUGCCAAAGCAAGGCUGGUUCUGUGUGGCCGGGACAGAGCCAGGCUACAGGACAUAGUUCAGGAGCUCACCGCAGCAGACAGCCAGCGGCAGCAGAUGUACACCCCCUGUAUGGUCAUCUUUGACCUGUCCGACACAGCGGAGAUGGUUGCCAUGGCCGCAAAGGAGAUCCUGAGUUGCUACGGCCACGUGGACGUCCUCAUCAACAACGCCGGCAUCAGUCACCGCGGCAACAUCCUGGAGACGCACAUCUCCGUACAGAGGGACGUCAUGGACACCAACUACUUUGGGCCCAUAGCUCUAACUCAAGCCCUACUGCCCUCCAUGGUUCGCCGGCGCAGUGGACACGUAGUGGUCAUCAGCAGUGUCCAGGGGAAGAUUGCUAUCCCCUACAGAUCAGCUUAUGCAGCCUCCAAACACGCCACCCAGGCCUACUUUGACUGUCUGAGGGCUGAGAUGGAGCGCUACAAUAUCCAGGUGACAGUUGUCAGCCCUGGCUACAUCAGAACCAAUCUGUCUCUUAACGCUGUCACGUGGGAUGGCUCCAAAUAUGGAGUCCUGGAUAAGACGACAGCUUUGGGGCGGGAACCGAAAGAUGUGGCCCAAGAGGUCCUGAAGGCUGUCCGUCACAGGAGUAAAGAGGUCCUAUUGGCUGGGCCCCUGCCCACUCUGGCCAUCUACAUUCGCACCCUGUGUCCCGCUCUCUUCUUCAAAGUCAUGGCCUCUCGGGCCCGCAAGGAGCAGAAAUCCAAAGACGAGUGAGAAGUUGGAGAGGGGAUGUGGCAAAACUAUGGGAAUGGAUAAAUGAAUUAAUGCACACGAACUUGCAAAUGGAAAAGUUGUUUUGUUUUAAAGCCACAAUGUGUGAUGUGUAGUGUUUCAUUAGAUGAAAUAACUGGAAAUCUUACAAACUGCUGUUUCAACUUCAAGGUUAACAUCUUGCGAAGUGUUCAGGGUAGAUCACAUUAACAAUUAUGAUAUUGACGUGUAAUAAAAUUUCAUAACAACCUGAA